UAUAAGGCACUGAAGGUGAAGGUCAACAGUUAUGUUGCCAAUUAUCUUGACCAUGGAUAUAGCAUGUCCAAUCAGCCAGCCAGGAAGAUCGAGGAAUUGAUGAAGCUGAUCCUUGCAGAAUACCCAAAUAUAGCCUCCAAAUAUCAUGACGGAUGGCCGAUUAGUGAUUUCAUUCAUCUCCGCGUCAAGUAUACCUCAUCACAUAUUGCUGGUCAACACUCAGUCCGUCAAGGGCGGGAUUAUCCAAAAAAUAUUAAGAAAGCACUAGUGGGUAUUGACCCGUUUCUCCUUGCAUGGUUCUGA